CCUUUUACAUCUAAAGUGAAACAGAUGCGACUACAUAAAGAAGAUUUUGAAAUCCUGAAGGUGAUUGGUCGCGGAGCCUUUGGGGAGGUUGCAGUGGUAAAACUGAAGAAUGCAGAUAAGGUUUUUGCCAUGAAGAUACUUAAUAAGUGGGAGAUGCUGAAGAGAGCUGAAACAGCCUGUUUUCGAGAAGAGAGAGAUGUGUUGGUGAAUGGAGAUAACCAGUGGAUCACAACAUUACAUUAUGCAUUCCAGGAUGAAAACUAUCUAUACCUGGUUAUGGAUUACUAUGUUGGAGGAGACCUGCUUACGUUGCUCAGCAAGUUUGAGGACAGACUACCUGAAGAUAUGGCGCGUUUUUAUUUGGCUGAAAUGGUGAUAGCUAUUGAUUCAGUUCAUCAGUUGCAUUAUGUUCACAGGGAUAUUAAACCAGACAACAUCUUGAUGGAUAUGAAUGGACAUAUUCGAUUAGCAGAUUUUGGUUCUUGUCUGAAACUGAUGGAAGAUGGAACGGUCCAAUCUUCAGUGGCAGUCGGAACGCCAGACUACAUCUCUCCAGAAAUCUUGCAGGCCAUGGAAGAUGGAAAAGGGAAGUAUGGGCCCGAGUGUGACUGGUGGUCCCUCGGCGUUUGCAUGUAUGAAAUGCUUUAUGGAGAAACGCCCUUUUAUGCUGAGUCCUUGGUGGAGACCUAUGGGAAAAUAAUGAACCACAAAGAGAGGUUUCAGUUUCCUGCUCAAGUGACAGAUGUCUCUGAAAGUGCAAAGGACCUCAUCCGAAGGCUCAUUUGUAGCAGAGAGCAUCGACUUGGACAAAAUGGGAUAGAAGACUUUAAGAACCAUCCAUUUUUUGCUGGGAUUGAUUGGGACAACAUUAGAAACUGUGAGGCACCUUACAUCCCAGAAGUCAGCAGCCCCACUGAUACAUCAAACUUUGAUGUGGAUGAUGAUUGCUUAAAAAAUUCUGAAACAAUGCCUCCACCAUCACAUACUGCAUUUUCUGGCCAUCAUUUACCAUUUGUGGGUUUCACAUAUACAAGUAGCUGCGUACUUUCAGACCGCAGCUGUCUAAGACUGACAGCUGGACCACCCUCCAUGGAUCUUGAUGCCAGCAUUCAAAGAACUUUGGAGGAUAGUUUAGCAACAGAAGCUUAUGAGAGGAGAAUAAGACGUCUAGAACAGGAAAAGCUUGAACUCAGUAGAAAACUGCAAGAGUCCACCCAGACAGUCCAGGCUCUGCAGUAUUCAACAGUGGAUGGCCCAAUAACAGCAAGCAAGGAUUUAGAAAUUAAAAGUUUGAAAGAAGAAAUUGAAAAGUUGAAGAAACAGGUAACAGAUUCUGGUCAGCUAGAACAGCAACUCGAGGAGGCCAGCACUGCAAGGCGGGAGUUGGAUGAUGCUUCCAGACAAAUAAAGGCUUUUGAGAAACAGGUCAGAACACUGAAGCAAGAGAGGGAAGAUCUUAAUAAGGAACUGGCAGAGUCUAGUGACAGAUUAAAAUCCCAAGCCAAAGAGUUGAAAGAUGCGCACAGCCAGCGGAAAUUGGCAAUGCAGGAGUUCUCAGAGAUGAACGAGCGGCUGACAGACUUGCACUCUCAAAAACAAAAGCUUGCCCGCCAGCUCCGAGAUAAGGAGGAAGAAAUGGAAGUGGUGAUGCAGAAAGUAGAAAGUUUAAGGCAAGAGUUACGCAGAACAGAGAGACUUAAAAAAGAACUGGAAGUCCAAGCUGAAGCCGCAGCCGCUGAGGCAUCCAAAGACAGGAAAUUGCGAGAGAGGAGCGAACAGUACUCUAAACAGUUGGAAAGUGAAGUAGAAGGGCUAAAGCAAAAACAGGUUGGUCGCUCACCUGGUGUAAGCAGUAUAGAACACCAGCAAGAGAUCACUAAAUUAAAGGCAGACCUGGAAAAGAAAAGUGUUUUCUAUGAAGAGGAGCUAUCUAAACGUGAACUAAUGCAUGCUAAUGAAAUAAAAAGUCUGAAGAAAGAACUGCGAGAUGCGGAGAGCCAGCAGCUUGCCCUCAAGAAGGAGAUCAUGAUUUUGAAAGACAAGUUGGAGAAAACCAGAAGAGAAAACCAAAGUGAAAGAGAGGAAUUUGAAACUGAGUUCAAACAGAAGUAUGAGCGAGAAAAGAUUCUGCUAACAGAGGAAAACAAAAAACUUUCAAAUGAACUUGAUAAGCUCACUGCCAUGUUCGAGAGGCUGAGUGUGAACAACCGGCAGCUGGAGGAAGAGAUGAGAGACCUGGCUGAUAAAAAGGAGUCCGUGGCUCACUGGGAGGCCCAAAUUACUGAGAUCAUCCAAUGGGUAAGUGAUGAAAAAGAUGCUCGGGGUUAUCUUCAAGCCUUGGCCUCCAAAAUGACGGAAGAACUAGAGGCCCUGAGGAACUCCAGUUUGGGGGCAAGAGCUACGGACAUGCCCUGGAAGAUGCGCCGCUUUGCAAAACUGGAUAUGUCUGCGAGGUUGGAACUACAGUCUGCUCUUGAUGCUGAAAUCCGAGCCAAGCAGGCUAUUCAAGAUGAGUUGAAUAAAGUCAAAGCUUCCUGUAUCUCUACAGAGUGUAAACUGCAAGAAUCUGAGAAGAAGAACAUGGAGCUGUUGACAGAUAUUGAGAGGCUGAAAAAGGAGACGGAAGAGCUUAGAUCAGAAAAGGGUGUAAAGCACCAAGACUCACAGAAUUCUUUCUUGGCAUUUUUGAAUGCGCCUACCUCUGCUCUGGAUCAAUUUGAAAUUGACUCAGUUGAGAAUUUUACAUUGUCUAAUACUCCAUCGCGGGAUGAAGAUAGCAAGUCUCACCUCCAUUCAAGAUCCAGGUCUCCUUCUACAGCUAGUGAGAUUGAACCAAUUGAGGUUACAGAUCUUCCUCCCCGUUCAAUUCACACACCGACCAUGAGGACAACGUAUAUUGGAUCAGGACUCUCUGCACCAAAGCCUAAAGCCCACCAGUUUGUAGUGAAAUCCUUUAAUACACCAACAAAAUGCAAUCAGUGCACAUCUCUGAUGGUCGGUUUAAUACGACAGGGCUGUACUUGUGAAGUAUGUGGAUUCUCUUGCCACGUGACCUGCGCAGACAAAGCUCCAGCAGUAUGUCCAAUCCCUCCCGAACAGACUAAGGGACCUUUGGGAAUAGAUCCGCAGAAAGGCAUAGGAACAGCUUAUGAAGGACAUGUCCGAGUACCAAAACCAGCUGGAGUAAAGAAGGGUUGGCAGAGAGCGCUGGCAGUGAUCUGUGAUUUUAAACUCUUCCUGUAUGAUGUAGCAGAAGGAAAAGCAUCCCAGCCCAGCGUGGUAGUGAGUCAGGUCAUAGACAUGAGGGAUGAAGAAUUCUCAGUGAGUUCUGUCUUGGCCUCAGAUGUCAUCCAUGCAAAUCGAAAAGAUAUCCCCUGUAUCUUUAGGGUCACAGCGUCCCAGCUCUCUGCAUCAAGUAAUAAGUGUUCCAUCCUGAUUCUAGCAGACGGUGAGAAUGAAAAAAGCAAGUGGGUAGGAGUGCUGAAUGAAUUGCAUAGGAUCUUGAAGAAGAACAAGCUCAAAGACCGCUCAGUCUAUGUUCCCAAAGAAGCUUAUGACAGCACCUUACCCCUCAUCAAAACGACACAGUCAGCAGCAAUCAUAGACCAUGAAAGAAUAGCUCUGGGGAAUGAAGAAGGGUUAUUUGUUGUGCAUGUCACCAAAGACGAGAUUAUCCGUGUUGGUGACAAUAAGAAGGUUCAUCAGAUUGAGCUUAUCCCAAACGAACAGCUCAUCGCAGUAAUCUCAGGACGAAACCGUCAUGUGCGGCUUUUCCCUAUGGCUGCCCUGGAUGGAAGGGAGACUGAGUUUUAUAAACUGGCGGAGACAAAAGGCUGCCAGUCAAUAGUUUCUGGACAUGUGCGCCACGGAGCUCUUACAUGCCUGUGUGUAGCUAUGAAAAGGCAGGUCCUCUGCUACGAACUGAAUCAGAGUAAGACACGUCACAAAAAGAUCAAGGAGAUCCAAGUCCAGGGGAAUGUCCAGUGGAUGUCAGUCUUCAGUGACCGUCUUUGUGUGGGCUACCAGUCAGGUUUCUUAAAAUAUCCCCUCCACGGAGAAGGCAGCCCAUACAGCCUGCUCCAUCCAGAUGACCACACGCUAUCAUUUAUCUCGCAGCAGCCAACUGAUGCCAUCUGUGCAGUCGAAAUCUCAAAUAAAGAAUACCUGCUGUGUUUUAGCAGCGUAGGUGUUUACGUUGACUGCCAGGGCCGAAGAUCUAGACAACAGGAAUUGAUGUGGCCAGCAACUCCAUCUUCUUGCUGUUACAAUGCACCAUACCUCUCUGUGUACAGUGAAAAUGCAAUUGAUAUCUUUGACGUGAACUCCAUGGAGUGGAUUCAGACUAUUCCUCUCAAAAAGGUACGGCCCUUGAAUACAGAAGGAUCACUAAACCUUUUAGGCCUGGAGACAGUUAGAUUGAUAUAUUUCAAAAACAAAAUGGCAGAGGGUGAUGAACUGGUAGUUCCCGAGACAUCAGAUAACAGCCGGAAGCAAAUGGUUCGGAACAUCAACAACAAGCGCCGUUACUCGUUCAGAGUACCAGAGGAGGAGAGGAUGCAGCAGAGGAGGGAGAUGCUCCGCGAUCCGGAAAUGAGAAAUAAAUUAAUUUCUAACCCCACUAAUUUUAACCACAUAGCACAUAUGGGUCCAGGAGAUGGUAUUCAGAUUCUCAAAGACCUUCCAAUGGACUCUGACUCUCCGAGACACUCGACUGCAUCGAACAGCUCCAACCUCAGCAGCCCUCCCAGCCCGGUUUCUCCCCACAAGACCAAGAGCCUCUCCCUGGAGAGCUCUGACCACGUGAGUUGGGACUCAUGAACUGCUUCAGCAUUCAGAUUUGACAUCACAGCAGCUUGCUGUCCCCAUGGCUGUCCCCGUCACUCGCUCCAGUUCUCACCUUCAUCAUCCUAACCCUCCCCAUUCCCUGUCUGAAAGUCAUCCGGGAGCGGGGUGCGGAGGAAGGUAAAAGCUGGUUGUCUUCGGCACCGCUCGGCACUGCCUCACCCUCCUUUCCCCAGGUUUGACAGCAGCCAACGAGCCAAGCUAGGGUGUUGGUAAAUAUCAGACGCUGUAGAUUCGUAUUAGUAUUGGUUUCAUUUUUGUGGUUACAGCUGCUUCGUUUUCAAAGACGUAUUUAUCCCACACGCCCCCCUUCCACUUCCCCAAAAGUAGCUUAAGUAGACCAGACCAGUAUCGACAAAAGAAGAUUCAGAGGGAUUUUGUUUUCAUACGAGAGCUCGUUGUACUGUACAGAAGUAGCACAGAGCCCUUCCCCGGCGUGGGGAGCGACCGGUAUGUCAGAGGCACAUAAAAGCUUUCAGCCACUACGUUUGAAUGUCAAUCUGAUUGUCGCCAGCAAAUCCUUAUUGAUUAAAAUGAUGCAUAUUUUACUACAGCACAGAGUUUAAAUAAAUACGCAGAUGUUAGAGUAAAA